CUUGGUCGGAUUUUGACGCUUCCGGGUCGGAUUUUGGCGGUUCCCGGUGGGUUUUGGGGGUCCCCCGAUGGAUUUUGGGGUGCCCUGGUUGAUUUUGGGGGUCCCCCAGGGGCUGGUGGUGGUGGUGACGGGCGGCUGUGGCUUCCUGGGCUCCCACCUGGUGCGGCUGCUGCUGGAGAAGGAGCCGGAGCUGCGGGAGCUGCGGAUCUUCGACCUCAACAUCGACCCCAGCGUGGUGCCCCCAGGACAUGAAUCCAAGGUCCGGUUGUUCCGUGGUGACGUGUCCCGCCGGGGGGCGGUGGGGGAGGUGCUGGGCGGGGCCCACCUCGUGUUCCACGCGGCCUCCCUCGUGGAUGUCUGGGGGGGGAGCAGCCCCGAGGCCAUCGCCAGGGUCAACGUCCAGGGGACCAAGAACGUGAUUUGGGGGUGUCAGGACCGGGGGGUCCCCGUCCUGAUCUACACCAGCAGCAUGGAGGUGGUGGGGCCCAACACCCGGGGGGACCCCUUCGUCAGGGGGGACGAGGAGACCCCGUACCCCACCCGGCACUCGGAGCCGUACCCGCUCAGCAAAGCCCAGGCCGAGAGGCUCGUCCUGGAGGCCAACGGGGCCCCCGUGCGUGGGGGGUCCCGGUUGGUGACGGUGUCCCUGCGGCCCACGGGCAUUUUUGGGGAGCGGCACCCCCUGCUCGAGCUCUUCUAUCGCCGGGGGAGGGGCCUGGGGGGGCGGCUGCCCCUCACCCUCCCCCCAAAUGCCGAGCAUGGACGGGUCUAUGCAGGGAACGUGGCCUGGAUGCACAUCCUGGCCGCCCGUGCCGCCCUGUCCCACCCCGGCUCCGUGGGGGGCGAUUCCUUUUUCUGCUGUGACCUCUCCCCAUCGCUGCCCUACGAGGAGUUCAACCUCUCCCUGCUGGGGCUCAGUCCCAGCCCGGCCCCCCGGCCCCCCCCGGCCCUGCUGGCGCUGCUGGCGAAGCUCAACUCGGCCCUCAGGGCCCUGCUGGGACCCCUGGGCUGGGGCUUCACCCCCCUGCUCAACCCCUACACCCUGGCCGUGGCCUCCACCCCCUUCACCGUCCGCACCCAGAGAGCCCGCAGCAAAUUCGGGUACCAGCCCAUCUACAGCUGGGAACAGGCACGGGACAGGACCAGGGAGUGGCUGGCACAGCUGGGGUAGCACUGGGAUGGCACUGGGAUGGGACUAAAUGGGACUGGGAUAGACCUAAAUGGGACUGGGAUGGACCUAAAUGGGACUGGGAUGGACCUAAAUGGGACUGGGAUAGCACUGGGACAGGACCAGGGAGUGGCUGACACAGCUGGGGUAGCACUGGGAUGGCACUGGGAUGGCACUGGGAUGGACCUA